UUUCUAGUUCCACAAUCUAACGCUAAAAGUGCUCGAUGAGGUUCGGAUAAUUUGACAAAAUUUUUUUGUCGGUAAAUUCUUUUAAACUUGCGUGGUUGAUAAUUCGCUGUUGUUGUUGGAAGUUUUGUAGUUUUUAAGGUUCCUAUUAUUUCUUAUCAAAGUUUUUGGUUCCUCAUUUUCCUCUGUAUCGUUAAUGUUUAUAAUUAGGCAAGACCAAAAACUGGUCGUGCUUGGUGGGUUGCAAUAAGCACUUCUCCAUUGAAAUGAUUGGCAGGGGUAGUUAGUUGCAAUGAUAGAAGGUGGUAGAAUCCGGCUGAAGACAUGGCAGCAGGCGGCUGUGGCGGUGGGUUCGGCGGUGGGGGCAUUGUUGGACCCACGAAGAGCGGAUUUGAUAGCGGCUCUUGGGGAGACAACUGGAAAGCCUGCUUUUGAGAGAGUUCUUCAGAAGAUGAAGAGUUCCCCUGAAGGGAGGGCAGUACUCUUGGAGCGCCCUCGCGUUUUAUCUGCAAAUGUAGGACAUGCUUGGGACCUUCCAGCAAACACAUUUGGUGCCGCCUAUGCAAGAUUUAUGGGAUCCAGGAAUUUUUCACCAGAUGAUCGACCUCCUGUGCGAGGGGUACCCACUCAUGGUGGACGCUACAUUCAAUACAAUAUCUAUGGUAAUCUCUUUGAGGUUUCAAGAAAGUAUGUCCCUCCUAUUCGCCCUGUGGGUAGAGGCGCUUAUGGUAUUGUUUGUGCUGCUGUAAAUGCAGAGACAGGUGAGGAAGUUGCCAUUAAGAAGGUUGGCAAUGCAUUUGACAACAGAAUAGAUGCCAAAAGGACCUUACGAGAAAUUAAGCUUCUUCGGCACAUGGAUCAUGAAAAUAUUAUGUCUAUUAAAGAUAUUAUUCGACCUCCACAGAAGGAAAACUUCAAUGAUGUGUACAUGGUUUCUGAAUUAAUGGACACAGAUCUGCAUCAAAUAAUACGAUCCAAUCAACCAUUGACUGAUGAUCAUUGUCGGUAUUUUAUGUAUCAGUUGUUACGAGGGCUCAAAUAUGUGCAUUCAGCAAAUGUUUUGCACCGUGACCUAAAGCCUAGCAAUUUGUUAUUGAAUGCCAAUUGUGACCUUAAGAUUGCAGACUUUGGUCUUGCUAGAACUACAUCUGAAACUGAUUUUAUGACUGAGUAUGUGGUUACUCGAUGGUAUCGAGCUCCCGAGUUGCUUCUUAAUUGUUCAGAAUAUACAGCAGCCAUUGACAUAUGGUCUGUUGGAUGCAUACUUGGUGAAAUCAUAACAAGACAACCCCUCUUUCCUGGCAAAGAUUAUGUUCAUCAGUUGAGACUGGUCACAGAGCUGAUAGGUUCACCCGAUGAUGCCAGCCUCGGAUUUCUACGAAGUGAUAAUGCUCGAAGAUAUGUAAAACAGCUUCCACAAAAUCCAAAGCAAAACUUUUCUGCUAGAUUCCCCAACAUGUCUCCUGGUGCUAUUGAUUUGCUAGAGAAGAUGCUUAUCUUUGAUCCAAACAGGCGUAUUACAGUUGAUGAGGCAUUGUGCCACGCAUACAUGGCACCUCUUCAUGAUAUCAAUGAGGAGCCUGUUUGCACCAGACCUUUCAGUUUUGACUUUGAGCAACCAUCGUUCACUGAAGAAGAUAUCAAGGAGCUCAUCUGGAGAGAAUCUGUGAAGUUCAAUCCUGAUCCACCAGUUUACUGAGCUUUUGUAUUUACUGUGUAUAUGCUAGUGAAAUAUUUGAUGACCAAGUUAUAUACAUGUUACAAUACUGCUUGGCAAGUUGCAGCUCACAACAGGAUAUGCAACAUGUUUGAGAUUCUGAGAUUCACUGAGGUUGUGAGCUUUCUUUCAUUUCAGUCUCCAUAAUCAUAUUGUUGAGAUGUGCUGUGGAAUGGAUCAGAAGAUGUGCUGCAUCACUAAGGUUUCAGCAGAAUAUCAAAGAAUUCCCUUCUUCUUGUACUAUUAUCCUUCAUUUUAGACUUGGGCACCAUAGUUUAGUGAACUGUUUCUGCCAGUUUUUCUAUCCUUAUACCAAGGAAAAUACACAAGAAAACUUCUCAUUUGUGGGGACUGACAUGAUCCAAUUGUAUGGCAUAAAAUAUAAUGGUUUGGUAGUAUGCAUGGUUUAUAAAAUUUCCAUGUUUG